AAAGACAGUAAAUCAGGACACUAUAAAAGGAACAUGAGAGGCUGUGGGGAUGACAGAGCAAGAGCUGGAAACAAACAUCAGUGAAGAAUGAAGGCUUUAGUAUGUAUACUGCUGCUGUUGGAAACCUUUGUGUUUGUCGUCCAGCAGCAGGUAGAUGGAGGACUCAAUGAGAAUGAGAUCAGUCAACAGAUCAGCUCUGAGGACGGAAGACAGAAUCCACCUCAAACAGACACUUUGAGAGCUGAAGCUUCAACUGACAGCCAACAAUACUGCAAUCUGGGCAUCCCUGACAUCCAUGCAGCACUGAGAGAACUGACCGCCACCGUUACAGAGCAGAAAGGAAACAUCAGAGAACUGACCGCCACCGUUACAGAGCAGAAAGGAAACAUCAGAGAACUGACCGCCACCGUUACAGAGCAGAAAGAAAACAUCAGAGAACUGACCGCCACCGUUACAGAGCAGAAAGAAAAGAACAUAGAACUGACCGCCACCGUUACAGAGCAGAAAGAAAAGAACAGAGCUUUAGAGACACAACAGACGUUUAUCCUGGAAGAGCUGAACAAGAAAAAUGAAGAAAUUUCAAAUCUUACUCUGAGUCAAGUGGAGUUGAGAAAGGAAAAUAGAGACAGAGAAAUAGCUUUUUCAGCUUCACUGAUGCAAUCUGGCGAUGGAUAUAUUGGUCCUUGUACCACUGAAAUCACACUAACCUACAGGAACGUCUUCACAAACAUAGGGAACGCCUACAACCCAAUUACAGGUGUUUUCACAGCCCCACUGAAAGGAGCGUACAUGUUCAGAAUCUCUGUAACUGGUGAUGGUGGAAUUGUAGCAACUGCAACCAUUUAUAAGAAUAGAGAGCGUGUGGUUAUAGCUCGCGGUGAUCAGGCUCAGGGUCUGUUAAACUCCUCGAAUGGAGUUGUGUUGAUCCUGGAGGUUGGAGAUGUUGUCUAUGUGAGACUUUGGUCUAACAAUAGGAUAUCUGAUAAUGGGAAUAACUACAACACUUUCAGUGGUUUCCUACUGUUUCCCUUAAGAUAACAGGAGAUUUGCAGAAUGUGAUUCCAAUAAUUCUGAACCUUCAGCCUAUGAUUUAAGAUGAAAAUCAGGAAGAAUCAUUAACAUAUGAACCUGUAUUAAUGAGGACUAAUGUAUGUUUGAAAUUUGCACUAGAUUACUGUAUAAAAGUCAGUAUAAUACACUAUACUCAUAAGUUCUGAUCUGUCUAUACAUGUAAGUUUGUAUAAAGAGUUUCAGCACUGAGACAGACAGGACCCAUGAAUAUCACAUGUGACUCAAAUGUGUUUUGUUAAAGUAGUAAAUCUAGAAUGUUAAAUAAUAAAUUAAGUGUAUUUUGUUACUGAUCCUUGAUCUGUAUCUCUUCACCCUACAUAAAUAAAUAAGAAUAAACAAACAU